AUGACACAAGGUUUUGGAUUUUUUGGAUUUCGUAAUGAACAAAGUUGUAGUUAUGAUGAUGCAGGUUUACCAGGAUUUUGUAUGACAGUUAGUGGUCCUGGUGUAGUUCAUGCAUUGGCAAGUGUAUUUAAUGAGUAA